AUGGGCUGCUCCUCCACCAAGCUCCGCAGCUCCGCCGCCGCCGACCUCCACGCCCUCGAGCUGAAGAAGGUGAUUCAGAGGAAUCCGGAGCUCGCAGCGUUCGCCAAGGAGUACCCAGAAUCCAUUCUACCCGCCAUCAAGAGCGGCCUGGACGACCUCGAUCGAUGCCUCGGCAAAGUCCUCUCGGGAGUCAGUAUCAUCCACGCCGCGAUCGACCACUAUGAGGAGGAGGAGAAGAGGAAGCAUCAGCAGCACCGCCGGAACAAAAAGAAAAAGAAGGCCGACAGGAAGGAGAAGCAUGCCUACUCCAAAACCGUCGCCAAGCUGCAGGAGCUCGAGUGCGCCGGCCACCCGUUCGCCGGACUGAACGUCAAGGAGCCGCAGCACGCGCUCAGCAAACUCAGGGAGACGAUGGACCGGCUUCGGGACAGGAAGAAGGAGAUCAAAGCGGCGCUGCGCUCCACCAAGCGGUGGCGGAAGUUCAGGGAAGUCGUCUUCACCGCCGCCUUCAUCGGGUUGCUCGUCUGCUCUGUCGUGCUGGCGGCCACGGUGGCGGCGCCCGUGGCCAUCACCGCCGGGACCGCCGGUGCGACGGCGAUAAAGGCGGUGGAGCCGUGGUUCAACUCCUUGUGGGACGGGGGGGAGACGGCCCUGAGGGACGAGAAGGAGGUGGUGAAGAUGAUGCUCGACGAGGAGCUCUCAGUGCACGAGCUCGACAGCAUUCGAUCCCUUGUGGUGAAGCUGUGGACCGACGUCGAAACGCUGAUGAAGAAGGUGGAGUUCGUACUGCAGCAGGAGGACGAGGAGGCCAUGGAGGUAGGGAUGACGGAGCUGAAGAAAAAGAUGGAGGCUACCGACGUGAAAGGCUGCAUCAAGUUCUUGAAGGAGAAGGUGGAUGCAUGCAAAAAGGAGAUCCAACCUUCAAAAUCCAAGUUCCUAAAGAUAACCAGGGAUUAG